CGUUAGCAAAGAUACUUAAAGCUCUGACCGCCGUCCUCCGUUCUCCUCUGGGUACCAACUCUAUUGCGCUGUGCACUGCCGUGCGUUUAACCCAGGCGCGGAGGAGGAGGAGAAAAUCCCCCCAGAUCCGGGCAGUCUGUCUUUAGGAUGAAGCUGUAACUGAACUGAGGGAAAGAGAAACAGCCCUGAAUCAUUGGAGGUCUCUCUGCCUUUUGGGCCCUACACAACUGUAAGCCUGGUGGAAAAGAGCAAAUUGCUCUUGCUCUCCCAGCAAGUUGGUCCUGCUUUGAUUACAGCCUCAUCAGAAUUUCGAGCCUGAGCUGAAGCUCCUCACCUGGACUUGCACGCACCCCGCUUGGGCACGUCUGGAUCAGAGAAUUAACUCCAGCUGCAUCAUGAGCCGCGUUCGGGAUGCUGGUUGCGUAGCUGCUGGGAUAGUCAUUGGGGCCAGUGCCUGGUACUGUGUCUACAAAUAUGCCAGGGGAAGAAACCAUAUGAUGAAGAAGAGACUGGCUAAACCCAGGACCAGGGCUAUGGCUGAGACUGGAACCAGGGCUAGAGCUGGACUAAGGGCUGGAUUCACAAUUGACCUUGGGCCAGGAUUCAGUCCUCCAGCCCCAGUCCGCACUGGGGCAGAGGAAAGGGCUCAGGAUGAAUCCUUUGCUCUGGACACUGCUCGAGCUGAAGCAGUGGUCCCAGCUGCAUCCAGUGCCGAGACCCAGAGUGGGGCAGGAAAUAAGGCCCAGGAGACAGAAGGGGCUCAGGUGGGGCCCAAAGCUGAAUCAGAAGCCACGGUGGCUUCUGCAGUGGCACCGUCUCUCUGGGAGGCAAUGGCUCCCUCAGCUGCAAAGGCUCCUGCAAUGGUUGGGGCUCCUAAAUUAGCAGAAGCCCCUGGCACAGCAGAGGCUCCCAGGGCACCAGUGGUGCCUCAUGGGGUGCCAGUUCUUACUGAGGCAUCACAACCUACAGAGGCAGUGGAGGCUUCCAUACCAGCAAUGCCUACUGGGGCAGCAGCGACUUUAGGGGUAGCAGCGCCUUCUGGGGCUGCAGAGGCUCCUGGGCCUUCAGGGUCCUCUAGAACAGCGGCAGCACCUAAGAAAGCAACCCCCGGGGCUCAUACUGGGGCUAUACCUAAGGCCGGGUCAGCUACUGGAGCUGUACCCAAAGGUGGAGCUAAGGGUGUAACCAGGUCCCGGACUGGAGGCAAGGGCAAGGGCAAGAAAAAUAAGGUUGAAGUAGAUGAACUGGGGCUGGGCUUCCGGCCUGGAGAUGGGGCUGCGGCAGCCGCGGCAGCGUCUGCUAAUGGGGGCCAGGCAUUCCUGGCAGAGGUUCCUGAUUCUGAGGAAGGAGAGUCUGGAUGGACAGACACAGAAUCGGAAUCAGACUCUGAGCCUGAGACCCAGCAGAAAGGGAAAGGGAGGAGAUCUGUUCCCAUGCAGAAGCGCCCCUUUCCUUAUGAAAUUGAUGAGAUUCUGGGUGUCCGAGAUCUCAGGAAAGUCCUUGCUUUGCUUCAGAAGUCAGAUGACCCUUUCAUCCAACAGGUAGCUUUGCUCACUCUGAGCAAUAAUGCCAAUUAUUCAUGCAACCAAGACACAAUUCGCAAGUUGGGAGGCCUCCCAAUUAUUGCCAACAUGAUCAACAAAACCGAUCCUCACAUUAAGGAAAAAGCCUUAAUGGCCAUGAAUAACCUGAGUGAGAAUUAUGAAAAUCAGGGCCGGCUUCAGAUAUACAUGAAUAAAGUGAUGGAUGACAUCAUGGCCUCUAACCUGAACUCAGCAGUACAGGUAGUUGGAUUAAAAUUUUUAACAAACAUGACUAUUACUAAUGACUACCAGCACCUGCUUGUCAAUUCUAUUGCAAACUUUUUCCGUUUGUUAUCUCAGGGAGGUGGAAAAAUCAAGGUUGAGAUUUUGAAAAUACUUUCGAAUUUUGCUGAAAAUCCAGAUAUGUUAAAAAAACUACUCAGUACCCAAGUGCCAUCAUCAUUUAGUUCCCUCUACAAUUCUUAUGUGGAAUCAGAAAUUCUUAUUAAUGCCCUGACUCUAUUUGAGAUCAUCUAUGACAAUCUCAGGGCAGAAGUAUUCAACUACAGAGAAUUCAAUAAAGGCUCCCUUUUUUACUUGUGUACUGCAUCUGGAGUGUGCGUUAAGAAAAUUCGAGCCUUAGCAGAUCACCAUGACCUCUUGGUGAAAGUGAAAGUUAUAAAACUAGUGGACAAAUUCUGAUUGUCUAUGUGCUCUCGAAAACUUGAAGAAAUGUCAGGUUUUGCAGUCUGAGAGCAAUGAAAAUUGAAAGUUACUGCUUUUCCACCCUCUCAUAUAGUAUAGGGAUCCUUUCAGCUGCCAGUUUUGAAUAAUGUAUCAAUCAGAGUGAUGUUAUCUGUGACUAUCUCCAGCCUAAGCUGAACCAUUUUAUGAAUACCAAAUAAACAGUCCUCUUGUCCUAAAAA